AUGAACGCAACCACAGAAUCAGCUCCGCCCUCCAUCUCGCCCGCCUCUCACCUCCGCCUGUUCGCGCUCGUCCCAGCCCUCACCUUCCCGACCGCCUUCCUCCUCGCCCUCGCAUCAAUUACGCUCUACCUCCUGCUCCUCUCCAUCUACCGCCUAUACAUCCACCCCCUGCGCCACAUCCCCGGCCCCAAACUCGCCGCUCUCUCCUACUGGUACGAGCACUACUACGAUGUCGCCCCGCAAUCCGGCCAAUUCCUCUUCCACAUCCGCGACGUCCUCCACCAACACUACGGCCCCAUCGUCCGCAUCAACCCGAACGAAGUCUCAAUCUGUGAUCCAGACUUCUACUCCUCGAUCUACCACUCCGAUCCAAACAGAAGAACGGAUCGGGAUACGUGGAACAACCUGGCGCAUCUAGGACAGGGACUCGCGUUCACGUUGGAUCACGAUGUGCAUAAACAGCGGAGGGCGAGUAUGGAGGAGUACUUCAGUAUGAAGAGCGUUUAUGCGCUCGAGGAGAGGAUUGGAGCUGUGGUUGAAGGGCUGGUGAAGCGGCUGCAGAGGGAUGUUGAGGAGGGCCGGACUGGAAGGAGGGCAGACGUGAAGACGCAGGAGGAGAACAGGGAUGUGGUGGAGAUGACGGGCUGGACGAUGAAGACGCUGAAGCGGAGUCCGGAGAAGGAGAAGGUGGUGCAGGCGGAGCUGCCGCCGGGGGUGGAGAAUAUGUAUCACUUGGGGAGUGCGGUGGCAUUUGAUGUUAUGACUGAUUAUGCUUUUGGGAGCAACGGCUGUACGAACUACAUGCACAACAAACACGCCGGCUCCGAAUGGGCGGACCUCACGAAGGAGACUCUCCACAUCAACCCCUUCGUAAGACAGUACCCAUGGUUCGUGACCGCCAUGCAGAGCCUGCCAGAAUGGCUCCUCAUGAAACUCCAACCCACAUUCGCGCCAUUCGUGGAAUGGGACCACAACAUCCGCAUCUUCAUGCAACGCGCCGCCAAAGAAGCGAACGCAAACCCAGACUACUACCUUGACCCGGCAGCGAAGCAUCGUCCGGACAGGACACUCUUCCACGAGCUGGCACUAACCCCCAACCUGUCCGCGGCGGACAAGAAGCUAGAGCGCUUGGGCGCGGAGGCGACCAUGGUAGUCAGCGCCGGCGGCGAGACGACGGCGCAGGUGAUCAGCAGGACAUUCUACCAUGUCGCGGCGAACUGGGACACGGCGGGGGCGAGGUUGAGGGAGGAGCUGAAGACGGUGAUGCCUGAUCCGAAGCUUAUUCCCAAGUUGAGCGUGCUGCAGAAUUUGCCGUAUCUGAACGCUGUGUGGGAGGAAGGGUUGCGUUUAAGUGUCCCAGUGCCGGCGCGGGUGCCGAGGGUGUUUCCUGAGGAUGACUUGGUGUAUGUUGAUAAGGAUGCGGAUGGUGGGAAGGGCAAGGAGUGGGUUGUGCCGAGGGGCUGCGCGGUAAGUAUGAGUCAGGAGUUUGUGAUGAUGAAUGCAAAGGUAUUUCCUGAGCCGAAGAAGUUUACGCCGGAGAGGUGGUUGGAGGACGAUGGGAAGGGUGGGUUACGGAGGAGGAAGGAUAUGUUGAAGUACAGCGUGGGCUUCGGGAAGGGCAGGAGAGCGUGUUUGGGUAAGAACCUAGCAAUAGCCGAGCUCCUCCUCACCUUUGCAGUCUGCUUCCGCCGCUUCGACUUUGAGCUCUACGAAACCACCGAGCGCGAUGCAAUCAUGGCGGUCGACUACUUCAUCAGCUUCGCGGCCAUGGACAGCAAGGGUAUUCGGAUGAGGGUCUUGAGGGAGCUGGAGGAUUGA